GGCGCUUGCGCGGGAGCCCGACGUCCUCUAGGACUUACCCAGAAGGCAGCGCUUCUCCCUCAGGUGAAUAUGGCGGGCAGGCCUGCUGUUGCAGCUUCAAGCCGCUGGCUGGAUGGUGUUCGAAAAUGGUAUUACAAUGCUGCAGGAUUUAACAAACUGGGGUUAAUGCGAGAUGAUACACUAAACGAGACUGAAGAUGUGAAAGAAGCCAUAAGAAGGCUUCCUGAAAACCUUUAUAAUGACAGAAUGUUUCGCAUUAAGAGGGCUCUGGACCUGACCAUGAGGCAUCAGAUCUUGCCUAAGGAACAGUGGACAAAAUAUGAGGAGGAUAAAUUCUACCUUGAACCGUAUCUGAAAGAGGUUAUUCGGGAAAGAAAAGAAAGAGAAGAAUGGGCAAAGAAGUAAUCUCGUAGUUGACAUCUGGAUGUAUCUGUUUUCAGUAGUUUUGUGUAGUUGGUUCAUCCUGAAUCAAAUAUUAAGAAUUACUUGAUCUGCAGAUAUCUUAUUUUAAAUAAAUGUCUAUUGUAAUCAUU